GCAGGUCCGGGAAGUAAGCCCAUCUCAAACGCAUCGUCUGAGUGGCCUUCCUUCGGAGCCAUGGCCUAAGCUUGAGCUGGGGCUCCGUGAGGCCACCGGGGCGCGGUUGGAUAAGGGACGCAAACCUGUCGGCAGGGCCACAGUUUAGCACUGAGAGGAAUCCUGACGAUCGCCAGCCAUCUUGCCCGCUCCUCCGUUUCCCAGAGGACGCCUCGGCAUGACCGUGCUUCUCGCGGGAAUUCAGCCUCAAAGUCACGCGCUGGCGGGACCCUCAGGACUUCACCAGCAACUACUCCUGCGCGGUGAGGGGCUCUUCUUUGGAAGCUUGGAAGGCCUGAGCUCUCUACCCUUUUCCAAAAGAAGAGCCCAGAGAAGGUCCUUUUCUACAAGUAUCAAAGCUAUGGCUCAGGAGUCAGUGAUGUUCAGUGAUGUGUCCAUAGACUUCUCUCAGGAGGAGUGGGAAUGCCUGAAUGAUGAUCAGAGAGAUUUAUACAGAGAUGUGAUGUUGGAGAAUUACAGCAACCUGGUUUCAAUGGCAGGACAUUCUAUUUCUAAACCAAAUGUGAUUUCCUACUUGGAGCAAGGAAAGGAGCCCUGGUUGGUUCACAGAGAGCUGACAAGAGGCCAGUGGCCAGUCCUGGAAUCAAGAUGUGAGACCAAGAAAUUAUUUCUGAAGAAGGAAAUUUAUGAAAUAGAGUCAGCCCAGUGGGAGAUAAUGAAAAAACUUACAAGACAUGACCUUCAGUGCUCUAGUUUCAGAGAUGAUUGGGAAUGUAAUGGCCAGUUUGAGAAACAGCAUGGCUCUCAGGAGGGACAUUUCAGUCAAAUGAUAUUCACUCAUGAAGACAUGCCCACUUUCAGUCAGCAUCCAUCCUUUACAUUACAUCAAAUCAUUAAUAAUAAAGAGAAAUACUGUGCAACUAAAGAAUAUAGGAAAACUUUUAGACAUGGCUCACAAUUUACUACUCAUCAGAUAAUUCAUACCAUCGAGAAGCCCUAUGAAUGUAAAGAAUGUGGAAAGUCCUUUAGACAUCCCUCAAGACUUACUCAUCAUCAGAAAAUUCAUACUGGCAAGAAACCCUUUGAAUGUAAGGAAUGUGGAAAAACCUUUAUAUGUGGCUCAGACCUUACUCGACAUCACAGAAUUCACACUGGUGAGAAACCCUAUGAAUGUAAGGAAUGUGGAAAGGCCUUCAGUAGUGGUUCAAACUUUACUCGACAUCAGAGAAUUCACACUGGUGAGAAACCCUAUGAAUGUAAGGAAUGUGGAAAGGCCUUCAGUAGUGGUUCAAACUUUACUCAACAUCAGAGAAUUCAUACUGGGGAGAAACCAUAUGAAUGUAAGGAAUGUGGCAAUGCCUUUAGUCAGAGCUCACAACUUAUUAAACAUCAAAGAAUCCAUACAGGUGAGAAACCUUAUGAAUGUAAAGAAUGUGAAAAGGCUUUUCGUUCUGGUUCAGACCUUACUAGACAUCAGAGAAUUCAUACUGGUGAGAAACCCUAUGAAUGUAAGAUAUGUGGGAAAGCCUAUUCUCAGAGUUCACAACUUAUUAGUCAUCACAGAAUUCAUAAUGGUGAGAAACCCUAUGAAUAUAGGGAAUGUGGAAAGAACUUUAAUUAUGGCUCUCAACUUAUUCAGCAUCAAAAUUUGUACUGGUGAUAAACCAUAAUAUAUGAAAUAUAUAGGAAGGCUUUUAAUUAUGGCUCAAAACUAUUCCACAUCAUAGAAUUUAUCUUGUUAAUAAUUCCUCUAGAUAGAAUAAUGUGGAAACAUUAUUUGUUGACUACAGCUUAUUCAGCUCAUGAAAAAUAAUGUUGGAGAAACACCAUAUGGAUAGAAUACAUUUUGGAAGCUCUUUAAUAAAAGCUCAUAUUUCUCUUGACAUCAGAUAAUUUGGUCUAGCAAAUAUUGGAAAUGACAGCACUUUUGACACCUUUCUAAUCUUCUUAAAUAUCAGAGAACUUAUGUGGAAAUAUAAUCCUGUGAUUUUCAUUCCCCCCCCAAUUUGCCUAUAAUUGUUACAUUCUUAAUAUUUUAAAACAUCUUCAAUUUAUAUGACUGUAAAGUU